AUGGACCCGAACUAUUCUGGAUCGCCUACUGCUACAUUCACAUUUAUCAGGCAUGGCGAGUCAACGGAUAAUUUGCGAAAUGUGUGGGCCGGAUGGCAGGAUUCUCCACUCUCCAAUCAUGGCAUGAAUCAAGCGAAGGCAUUGGGAGUGUCAUUUUCCAACACGCCGCUCUUGGCGAUCCAUGCUUCGCCGCUGAAGCGAGCUCAAUGGACGGCCCAGGCUCUCCGCGAUGCUCAGAAAGAGCCGCAGCCUCCCUUGACGACUUCCCCGCUCUUGCGUGAGCAGUAUUUCGGCGUGGCAGAGGGAAAGCCAUGGGUCUACGAGAUGGAGCCUGGAGUGACUUUGGAGGAGUACUACGCACGCGGCGUGUAUCCCGUCCUAACAGGUCGCUCGCAGAAAUUCCCUGAGGCAGAGAGCCUUGAUGACCUUGCACGAAGGGCAGAGCAGGCCAUCAAUGGGCUGGUGAUGCCGUACGUCUGGCAAGCUGCGAGAGCAGGAGAGAAGGGCAUCCAUGUAGCGAUCGUUAGCCACGGGCUAUGUAUUAGCGAGCUCCUGCCUGCAUUGCUCUCCAAGGAUGCCAGCGGAGCACACCCAAAGCACAAGUACAAAGGGCUGCUGAAUACCGCCUGGACCCGGGUGACAGUCGACGUCAAGGGAUCGGUAGAGGGGAAAUCCAUGGAAUUCUCAGAUAGCAAUCCUCCGCCGCUAGUAGUACGGGUCACAGAUUUCAACAGCCAUGAGCACUUAGACCGAGUUGCACGACAAAAGGGUGGGAUUGGUAGCGCUGAAUUCGACCCGAAACAGCAAAGCAUUCAGGCGUUCUUCGGAGGUGCAGCAGCCCCAACAGAAGAAGGUCGUAGCGUAAGCAAUGCAUUGGACGAAGGUAACAUUAAUACCCAGUGAAAGGAAUUUAUACCAUGGGCAAUUGGUGGUAUUAAGGGGUCUCUACAAAUACAUGGUUCUGCUUGUACGAUCAAACUUGGUUUAUGCGGAUUAAAAGGGAUAUAAACGCA